AUGGGUCUUGAAGGAAAGAACGUCUUGGUGACUGGAGCUUCCAUGGGAAUUGGCGAAGCAAUUGCUACUGCAUUGGCUGCCAAAGGUGCUAACUUGGUGCUUUUGUCUCGAUCAGAGAGAAACUUGGCUACGCUUGCAAAUAAGCUCUCGCUAUCCUACUCGAACAUCAAGAUAAUUUACCGUGCUGCUGAUGUGGGUGACUUUGAAUCAGUGGACAAGGCCAUCGCAUCAGCUAUCGAGGCCGUAGGCCAAAUCGACAUCCUUGUCAACAACGCUGGUCUUGCACUCGGUGCCCCCGCCUCAUUUCCGGAACUCAAGAUUCAAGAUAUCAUGACCAUGGCCAACACCAAUGUGAAUGGCAUGAUGUUUGUAACCCACUCUGUGCUUAACAGAUCUAUGAUGACUCGGAAGCCUGGAGAGGGAACCAUCCUGAACAUUACCUCGGUGACCGGCCUAGAGGUGCCCCCCUUUUCUGGAGAAGCAGUGUACCACGCAAGCAAAGCUUUCCAGGAGGCUUUCACCAAUUCCAUCCGAAACGAGUUGGUGAAUACCAACAUUAAAGUCCUAGCGCUACGCCCAGGAGUUGUCGCUACCAACUUCCAUUCGCUGCGCGUUGGUCACGAUAAGGAAAAGUAUGACUCGUUCAUAGAGGGAUACGACCCACUUGUGUCUGAGGAUGUUGCUCAAGCAGCUAUUUACAUGUUGGAUCAGCCGCCUAACAUCUCCAUCAAAGCGUUGGAUGUCGUGCCGACUGCUCAACGAUCACUCACCGUUUUUGACAGGACUUGGGCUGAGCGCGAUCAUUAA